GUUUGGAAGCCGCGUGGAGACUGGAGGGGAAGGUCCCGUCGUCUCCACCUUCCCCACUGGCACCGCCCCCCAGCCGAGCCGCCACAGCCCACAGGGCAGGCAGCCCGUGCCCGGCGUCGUUUUCCCGGACCCCGCGUGCGUGCUAACAUUCGCACGUCAAGUCCGUAUUUAUACCGGCCGCCUACCUCCCGGUGUUGCUCCAGUUCGUGGAGUGGAGUCACCACAGAAUCAAAGAAAAGCUUUCCCCCGAUCCUCUCGCGGACACCAGCGAUGGGUUCCCGCUACGAGGUGGAGGUCACCGUCGGCUCCGCCCGGGACCUCAAGAACGUCAACUGGCGCAACGGCGACCUCAAGCCCUACGCCGUGGUGUGGAUCGACUCCGGCAGCAAGUGCUCGACCCGCGUCGACCUCGACAACGGCGAGAGCCCGGCGUGGGACGAGAAGCUGCUCGUCCCGCUCCCGCCCACCUCCCGCCUCGACGACGCCGUCCUCUACGUCGACGUCGUCCACGCCAACGCCGCCCAGGGCGUCAAGCCGCUCGUCGGCUCCGCGCGCCUCCCGCUCCGCGACGUCCUCGACGACGCCGGGGUCGGGGGCAAGGCCUCGCGCAGCCUCCGCCUCAAGCGCCCCUCGGGCCGCCCCCACGGCCGCCUCGACGUCCGCGUCGCCGUCAAGGAGCCGUCCAGGUACUACGACCCCAACCCCUACCCGGCCCCCGCGGCCUACGCCAACACGGGCGGCGGCACCCGUGACCCCUACGGCUCGUCCGCUGCUGCUGCCGGCGGCUACUACGGCUCCGGAGGCGGAUACGGUUCCGGUGGUGGCGCCUACGGUGGCGGCGCCUACGGCGCCGCGCAGCCCUACACCGCAGCGCCCCCGGCGGGGUACCCUUCCACCUACGGCGCCGCGCCGCCGCCUCAGCCAGCGGCAGCGUACGGCGCUCCUCCUGCCGCUGCAUACGGCGCUCCUCCUGUCGCCGCCACCGCCGCGUACGGAACCGGCGCCGUUGCUUCCGACGGGAAGAAGAAGAACAAGAUGGGGAUGGGGACGGGGCUGGCAGUGGGCGCGGCGGCGGGCGUGCUCGGAGGGCUGGCGCUGGCCGGCGGGGCGAGCUACCUGGAGGACAAGUUCGAGGAGCGCGUGUCGGAGCGGGUGGAGGACAACCUGGAGAGGGAGGAGUCGUACGGCGGCGGCGGCGGCGGCUACGGGGGUGGCUACGACGACUAUGGCGGCAACGACGACUAUGGCGGCGACGACGACUACUGAUGGGUCCUGAUCCUCCGAUCGUUUGCCCGGCUGCUACGCUUGCCAUCCACCUCCACCUUCGUCUCGCUGUCCUAGAUGUUUGCUGUAUGAAUCGCAUAGUAGAUCAUGUUCUCUAUUCCUGCCUUCAGUUUCUUUUCUCAGUUGUGGUUUAUCGCGGCGGGGUUGAUGUUGAGAUUUGAGAUCCUCACCUGAGGAAUGGAAAAAUGCUCACCUGAGGAAUGG